AACGUGUCAUCAUGGCCUCCUCCAGCACUGGUGAAGGAAGUAGCAAAAUGAACCAAUCCCAGAUUGCUCAGCGCAUGUGGGAGAUGGCCAAUAACAUGGAGUACUACAAUGCUGCAGAUGAAAUAUAUCAGUAUGAUCGCAAACAGCAGCAAGAUAUCCUUCAGGCCAAACCAUGGGAAAAAGACCCACACUUCUUCAAACAGAUCAAGAUCUCAGCCUUAGCACUCCUGAAGAUGGUGAUGCAUGCCCGGUCUGGAGGCACACUUGAGGUGAUGGGUCUAAUGCUGGGAAAAGUUGACGGAUCAAUGAUGAUCGUUAUGGAUUCCUUCGCACUUCCAGUCGAGGGAACGGAGACAAGAGUUAAUGCUCAGGCUCAGGCUUAUGAAUAUAUGACAGCGUAUGUUGAAGCAGCUAAACAGGUUGGUCGCCAGGAAAAUGUAAUUGGUUGGUACCACAGCCAUCCAGGAUAUGGUUGCUGGCUGUCUGGAAUUGAUGUGUCUACACAGAUGUUGAACCAAAACUAUCAGGAGCCUUUUGUCGCUAUUGUGAUCGACCCAAUCCGUACAAUUAGCUCGGGCAAAGUGAACAUUGGGGCUUUUAGGACCUACCCAAAGGGAUACAAGCCACCGGAUGAGGGCCCCUCUGAGUACCAAACUAUUCCUCUAAACAAGAUUGAAGAUUUUGGUGUUCAUUGUAAGCAGUACUAUUCUCUAGAUAUAUCAUACUUCAAGUCAUCCCUAGACAAGAAGCUGUUAGAUUCCCUCUGGAACAAGUACUGGGUCAACACACUCAGCUCGUCAUCACUUAUUACAAAUGCAGAGUAUAUGACUCGUCAGAUCUUUGACCUCAGCGACAAAUUAGAAAAUUCGGAAACUGCUCUUGGUCGGGCUGGUCUGUUUGGUUUAGACCCACAAGAAAAGAAAACUGAAGAUAAAUUGAGUCGUGUAACAAGAGACUCAUGCAAGACCACAAUGGAAGCCCUGCAUGGUCUCAUGGCUCAGGUGGUAAAAGACCGUCUCUUCAACCAAAUACCUCAGGCUCAGCAGAAGGGCCAAGAACCUGCCUGAGAUGCUUGUGCAUUCAGAAGAACAUUACCUCCUGCAGGUGAAAAGUGCACUCCAAACAUGUUUUUUUCCUCUACGACUCUUAAAGCUCGUGAUAUAUAUUUACCUGUCUUGCAUUAGGAAUUCAUUGACAACAUAAAAUGAGAAUGAUUAUUGAUUGCUUUGUACCUUUCCCUCCUGUCUGUCAUUUAUGUUGGAGGAUAGAUGUACUGAUACAUAAAAAAUCGAAGUAGUAA